AUGUCCCGAUUCGUAUCAGCUGGCACCGAUGCCGACGCCGCUGCCCCUGCCCCUGACGAUGCCUGGGUCAAGGCGCAGCAACUGGUCGAGUCUACGAGAAAGGCCAAGAAGCUGGACGAAGGGACACAAGACGGGGGCAAGAGUCUGUAUGAGGUGCUACAGGCAAACAAGGCUGCCAAACAGGAGGCCUUUGAAGAGUCCAUCCGGCUCAAGAACCAAUUUCGGGCCCUUGACGAUGAUGAAGUGGAGUUUCUCGACUCUGUGCUUGAAGCAAGUCGAGCAAAGGAGAACGCCAUCAAACAAGAGACGGCCGAACAACUCGAAGUCUUCCGCAGACAACGCGCCGCUGCCGAACAAGCCCUAGUCGAGGGCACCGAGAUUGGGAAAUCUGGCGAUUCUGUGGACAACGGCUUGUGGGCUAUCAAAAAGAAAAAAAGACGGCGAGAAAAGGACGGCGAGUCUGACGCUGAUCCCAAGUCGAGAAAGCUGUCAACCGCUGCCAAUACGGCCGCUUCUGCAGCGACGGCAGCUGAUGAUGACCACAACGCACCUACGAAGCGUGCUUCGCCAGUUAACCCGGACAUCAAUGACCAGAUUACACCUCCGAUCACAGCUGCACGGCCCCAAGCAGCUGUUGGACUUGGUCUGGGCGCCUACAGUUCUGAUGAAGAUGAAUAA